AUGUCCGCCCGACCGACGCACGCGGACGCGCGACAGUGGAAGCGGCGUCGCGCGAACGACUUGGACGCGCGCGCGCGACGGGAGCGGACGAGAGAGGAUGUUAGGGAGUGCGCGAGCGCGAACGCGUUGCGAUCGCUGGAGCGAGAGUUGGACGAGGCGAUCGCGUCGAGGCGAGCGCGGGCGCGAGGGACGAGUCGGUACGAACGCGCGGUGCGCGCGCGCGUGCGCGCGUGCGUGUUCGCGUCGAAGACGGGCGUGGAUGGGAAAGGAUUCGUGCUUCGCGCGUGCGGAUGGCCGGCGGACGGCGAGGCGGCGGAGCCGUGGAGCUCGAGCGAUGGCGACGGUAGGUUUGCGCAGUACGUGAAGACGAUAACGAUAACGCUCGACGGAGAACGCCGACCGCGGACGUGGACGAGCGAUGGUCGGCCGGGGAAGGAUCGGUUUGACGGGUUCGAGGUGCGCGGUCGGGCGGAGAGCGGGACGCGCGAGGCGACGAUUCGGAUCGAGUUUCACGGCGACGGGGAGCGGUACAAGGUGGCGAGAGAGUUAGCGGAGCUCCUGGCGACGCCGUAUGCGACGCGGAAGCGCGUGAUAUCGGAGAUUUGGACGUAUUUUUCGGUCAACGAUUUGGUGAGCGACGACGACGCGUCGGAGGUCGUCGUCGACCAGCCGAUGCGUGAGGUUCUCGUCGGGGCGGGAAUGACGGUGCCAACGGAUGGGAAGUUGAAGGUUGUGAGCGUGUGUGAGUUCGUGUGCACGAACAUGCUCAGUGCAGUGGAGCCGUUGGAGAUUAGAUAUAAGAUUGACGUGUCAGGCCCGUCGCCGUCAAAACCCGAGUGCUACGACGUUGAGGUAGAGAUGAUGGCGCCAGCGUACAUUUCGACCGAGAGCGAUCCAGAGAAGAGCAUCGAACAGUGCGAGGCGCAUAUUCGACGCGCGUACCCGUACAUCGAAGCUCAUCUACAAAGAAGGAACUUUCUCCUUCGGUUCGCAGAGAGUCCGUUUGAUUUCAUCAACUCUUGUGUGCGAGACCAAGCGCUCGGGAUGUAUGAGACAAAGGCGGAAGAUUUGUCGUAUGUUAAGGCGCGAGACGCUCCGGAGAGGCCGGCGCCGAGGUGCUCGGAGAGAUAUCACGAGCCGUGGGUUGACGAAGCCGUGAUGCGAUUAUUGUGA